GGGUUGGAGGUGGGCAUGGCCAAGCUAUGACUGGAUCAGAAUGCGGGAGACCUGCUCUUCUACGACUCUGCAAGGACGGGCGCAGGCACGUCAACAAUUGCCUGGCAAAACACGUGAAGACAUUCGCCAGUGCACCAGUUCCAUUAGUGAGCACAGUAGACAGAGCCGUUGGCGAGAUGCAAUAUCCCUCUGGUGCGAGUUGCCUGACCUGGGGCUUGAACCAAAUACAUUUACUUUCAAUGCUGCCAUGGCAGCUUACAGCCAGGGAAGUCUUUGGCAAAGAUCUCUGGACCUUUUCGAGGAAGCGUGUUUGAGAGGGGUGAAGAUAGACACGAUCAGCCUUAACACUUGUUUGAGCGCACGGAAGGGAACACGCUUGAAUACUUCCUGGAAAUCAGCCUUGAGCUUUCUGAUGCCUUGUCAGCGCGCAACUUUGCAGCUGGAUGUCUUCACGUGCACGGCCUUUUUCAGUCUUUGCAAGGGAAGGUGGUGGCUGGCCCGCACCUUUCUGGAAGCACAGAGGCAAGAGGCAAUUCCGAUAGCUGGCAACCUGCAACUGCGCAACGCCUACAUGUCAGCAGCGCUAAAGGAUGACUGGGACCUCGCCCUAUGGCUGUUGCAAGAGCCCAACAUGCCACAAGAUGCUGUCACUCUCAAAGCUGUCUCUGGCCCCUUCAGUCGCUCAACUGCAUGGGAGCCUUGCAUGGCGUUGAUGCAAAACCUGAAGCUCCAAGGGCAACGCAGCGCCCCACCCACCUUCCUAUUGAGUAGCUUGGCGCGAGCGCAGCUGUGGCAAAGGGCCAUGACGGCCAUGGCCAUGGCAUCUCGAGGGCCCCAGCGAUUUCAAGGAUCUGCAGCCAUCACUGCUGCCGUCAGUGCCUGUGAAAGAGCAAACCAAUGGCAAGUUGCCCUGGUAAUCCCCAUGAAUCUCAUGUUGAAUCAAGGUCUGCAAGUGGACUUGAUUUUGUACAACACCCUCUUGAGUGCUUGCCGUUGCUCCGGGUUUUGGGAUCUGACACUGUCACGGCUGCAAGCACUGCAUGGCGUGGGGAAAGGGAUGAGUUGGGGCAGUUUGCGACCCGAUGUCGUCACCUUCAGCGUGGCACUUGAGGGCUUGGGCCUUGAAAAUCAGUGGAUGCAGGCCUGCGAGAUAGCCCGGGAUGUGAUUAGCUCUCAGAAAGUGGAUGGCACCUGCUACAGCAGCAUCCUCAGCAGCUUUCGCACACGCUCAGCGCCCUGGAGCCUUGCCCUGCUGCGCUUGCAGGGCUUGAGGCUAGACCUGGGCAAUGCUGCACUGCUGGUGGAUGCCAUCCAGGGGAAGCCCCAAGGGGCGUGGAUUGAGGGCUGCCACCAGCUGAAUCAACUGGAGGAUGAAGGCAUGAAGCUGUGGUCCACUUCAGCUGGCAGCCUCUUUGGCGCGAUGCUUCGGAAGCUCCAGGCGGCACAGCAGUGGUUGAAGGCCAUGGAGCUGUUUGAGAUGUUGGGGCCAGAGUGCAGGAUCCAGACCUCCUUUGCUGGCAAUGUCUUAGCCUGUUUGCGCGGGGCAGGUCUGCGAGAAGAAGCCUUGCACCUCUGCCAAGAGCUUUCCAAAAAUCAGCUGCAGCUGGAUCAGCAGCUGCUGGGGGUGGUGCUGAGUUUAUGCGACCGCGCGGAUUUGUGGCAAACGGCGCUCUCCAUCUUCACCUCCCCAUGGCCCUGCUCAGCUCAUCUUUCAACAGACGGCUUGGUGGCCCAGGGUGCCACCAUCGCAAGUUGCGCCAGCGCAGGGCAGUGGCGAUGGUGUAUCCGGCUGCUGCCAACUUCUGGCAGAAGAAUGGUGCCAGGACCCAUGGGCAAUGCGCUGAUGAACGCCAUGGCCAAGGCUCGGGCCUGGAAGGCUUCAGUCAGCUGGCUGAGGAUGGGAUCAUCACCCUUGGGCCUCAGUGCCAUGAAUGCCUUCACUUCGGCAAUGCUGGCGGCUCCUGAGUGGGCCAGAGUCAUGGACUUCUUGAGCUGGAUCCGUGGCCAGCGACUUCCGGCCGACACGGUGACAGCUGUGGAGCUCAUGGAGAUCCUGGAAGCACAGGCUGCGGCACCCGCCAUCCGCUUCUUGGAUGAAGCGAUGGCUCAGCUGAGUGAAGGACAGAUACAACCGGAAGGGCGCCAAGUCUCAGCCCUGGAGCUGCUCCUUCGCCACGACCGCCUGCACCACACGCAGCGGCAGCGCUGCGCCCGGACGCUCCGUCCUCUGCUGCGGCGGAUGGGCUCGGGGCAGCUGGACCUGGAGGUCUUCAGCCUGGGGGACUUCACCUGGGAGGCACUCCAAGAGUUACAUUUGCAUCCAUCCAAUCUUCGCUGGCUGGAAGAUUUCCGAUGGGAGGUGCGACGCAACACACGAGCUUCCAGUGAACAAGCUGCUCUGACUGGUUCCAGGUCUGCUCGCAAGAUGGGGUCCUGUGAAGCUCACAGACUGGUCACCGUGAGGGAUAGCAGCCAUUGCCACAUGUUGGCCAACAAACAUCCGGAUGUGCGAUUGAGUGCCAGCAUGGAAGGUGCUGGAGAGGAUCCUGCGUACUCCUUCCAGGUUGCAUAUGGAGAGCAAGUCCCCUUUGCAGGACGCGGUCCUCCUCCAGGCCACGUGCCGAGGUUGCGGCUGACCGUGCAACAUGCCGCGGACGCUGCCCAGCAGGCCACUGUGAUGGUUGAUUUACACCGCAGCGGUGCCCAUCGGGUGCCUUUGUGGUCUGGUGGUCCUGGAGUCGGAACAUCACAUGCUAGCUCCAAAAGGAAGUCGACUCUGCGAGUCAGCGCUGCUGUCUCCGUGGUGUUGCGGAAUCGCGUUGCAGUAGUGACAGUUGCGCCUGUACUCAAAGCUGCACGAGCCGCUUCACAGCCAGUGCAGCGCCAGGAUGAAGCGGGUGGAGAUGAUGGGGAGAACGAAGAUGCAGCAAACCUCAGAACGUUCAACGGCGAGUUGCGAAUCGAUCAGCUGUUCGUUGGGCUGGUCAUUGAAGGGUCCUCAAGAUCACUGGCGACUUCAUCUGUGUGGGGAACAGCUGCAGAACUGGCUUCAACUGAGCCGCGGCAAAGAAGAGAGGCCUUCACCAUUGCCCUGGCGCAAGUCGUCAUGAACGUGGCCCAAACGCCAAACAGGUGCCGCGAUGUCCAAUUUCAAAUUUGGGACAUCCAGGUGGACAUGCAGUCUCCCAAGCGCGAUGUGAUCCUGAAGAGCACCUCCCAGCCCGCCCUCAGGACGCAUACCAAAAGGGACGAUGUUCGCAUGCUUGAUGUUCAUCUCCGCGAGGUGCAAUUGGAACUUGGACAUUUGGAAGUUUCAGUCACUGGUGCCCUCAUGGACCAAGCUCGGCUUUUGAGGAGAAACCUCACCGUGGGCAUGGGUGGCUUGACCUUUGAGCAAGUGCUGGCGAGAGCCAAGGGCGGCAUUCAUUUGAGUAAUCCGCAGCCACCCUCUGCAUCUUCCAAGCUCGUGGUCAACAAGCUGGUGGUUGGGGAUGCCAAAGUGGACGUGUGGUGCCAGCUUCACAUCCCGGAUGCGCAUUAUCUGCCCAAGUCUCUGAGGGACACCAUCCAGGUUUUCAGCCUCGGAGCAACCCGCUUGGAUAUCAAGGGGGCUCAGGUCAGACUCUCGCACCAAGCGCUGUUUAAGUCGCGCCCUGCAGAGGGCAACACCAGCAUCGUGUUCUCGAAGGUUUGGGAUCACUACUUGCCGUUGGUGAAGAAUUGUUGGCGAUCUUUGUUGCAGCAUUCCAAUAUUUUCCUCGGUGGCUUUUUGAGCCGACAUACCUGGAAUCCCAGGCAGAGGCGCGAUUGGCCGAAUGCAGACCCACUCUGCCAGAUAGGCAGCCAUGGGGAACUCCAGUUGCGAACGCCAGAGUGA